AUGCACUUGAAAAUCAACCAAGAAGGGGGAAAUCAAACUGCUCCUGCGGUAUUUAUUCUUCUUGAUUUUAAUAGUGAAGAUCUUCAGACUUUCUUUUCCAUACUGUUUCUACCCAUCUAUACUGUGACCAUGGCUGGGAACAUCGUCAUUAUCUUUCUAGUGAUCCUCAGUCAGAAUCUUCACACACCCAUGUAUUUCUUCCUGGGAAACCUGUCCUGCCUGGAGACAUGUUACAGCUCAACCAUCAUGCCAAGGAUGUUGGUCAGUUUCCUGAGUGGGGACAGAACUAUUUCUAUUAGUGGAUGCUUUGUACAAUUGUAUUUCUUUGGGUAUCUUGCAACAACUGAAUGUUACUUUCUAGCUGUCAUGUCUUAUGAUCGUUAUUUAGCAAUAUGCAAACCAUUGCAUUAUGCAAUGCUCAUGAAUAACAAAAUUUGUAUCCUGCUAAUUGCUGGAUCUUGGAUCAGUGGAUCAUUGUUUAUCAGUCUCAUAAUAUUCUUGGUAUCUCAGCUGAGUUUCUGUGGACCCAACAAAAUUGAUCAUUUUUUCUGUGAUUUGAUCCCAAUGAUAAGACUCUCAUGCAAUGAUACCCACUUGGUUGAAACUACUGCCUUCAUAAUCUCCUUUAUAGGUACUCUCGCUCCAUUUCUAAUAACUGUGACAUCUUAUGUUUGUAUCAUCAAGAGCAUUUUAAGAAUCCCAUCUACUACAGGGAAACAAAAGGCAUUCUCUACUUGCUCCUCUCAUCUCACUGUGGUUGCCUGCUUCUAUGGCUCCUUGAUGAUAGUUUAUGUCUUACCAAACAUGAGUUCCCUGAGUGAUUUAAAGAAACUGUUUUCUCUGUUCUAUACUCUGCUUACUCCUCUGGUCAAUCCUCUUGUUUACAGUUUGAGAAACAAAGAAGUAAAGGGAGCAGCAAAGAAAAUUUUAAAGAUGCUUCGCAGAUCUAAUUAA